CGCCGUUGCCAUGGCUCAUUCUUGUAGCUGUCACCUUCCAAGGCGGAAACAGGCCCAGUGUACAUGGGCCGCUUUCAGUGGCUCUCCCUCGGCAAGUGCUGUUUCUCUGGUUGCUCCUGUGCACCUCUCGGUAGCCACCAGGCCCUUUCCUUUGGGUACAUCCUGGAACUGGAAUGGCGUCAUGGGGGAUGCGUAUUUGUUAGAUUUUUCCCGGAAAUUUCCUUUGGGGUCAGCAUGGGGGGCCUACCUUCUUGGAGGAGCUUCAGGAGGUGAUGAAGGUGAGCGAGUGCAGCUCACUGUCCCUCUGUCUUCAGGGGAGCAGCAGGUCCUGGCCCCGCAGGAAGCUGCUGGUACACUCAGGUGAAGCCUUGGUGUCCUUGCAUCCCACAGGAGGCAGGGUAUCCACGGGGACGGGGCAGGGCCAGCCCGAGGUCCUAAGGAGAAAGGCCCCUGGAGGGAGGCCAAGCUUUUGGGAGAAAAUGGAGGACUUGGGGGUUCCUCAUGAGUAGGAACCAGCUGGUAGGACACAGGCCAUUAAAGACAGACCUGGUUGGGUGUGACCUCCCCCAUCGAGAGGAGGCAGACAAUGACUCCUUUAUAAAAAGUCCUUUUACUCAUUCUUCAAGUCCCGAGGACAUGAGAGCCUGUGGGUGUCUUGCCCCUGGCCAGGGUACUUCCUGGCCUCUCUGUCCAGGGCACCAGAAACCUUGUUAACUCAAGUAACAUAUCCGUGUGGACAAGUGCCCAGUGACAGGUACACAGCUCCAUGGCUCGUGGGGGAUUCUAGCCUGUGGUCAGGAAGUGCGGCUGGUGGGGGCAGCAAGGGAUGGGUUCCCACUGUGGAGACCAAAUGCUCCAGGGGCCUGGGGCCCAGGCCUUGGGAAUGCAGAGACCAAGGGGAGCAGGUGAGCUGCUCAGAGAACCCCAGAGCCAUUGCAUGUGUGUGUGUGCAGUCGGGGCAAUGGGAGCUGGAAGGGGCUGGCCUCUGAGUUAGGCCUGAGACUGAACGGGGCCCUGGACCAAAGUCAGGCACCCGCAAAGGCCAGGCAGCUCUCAGGCUGUGACCGGAGGAGGCCAAACCCAGGCUGCCCUAGAAAGAAGAGGCCCUGGAGAUGGACAAAGCUGGGAAGGCAGGUACCCUGAAGAAGUGGCCCCCGAAGUCUGAGAGGACAGACUGCAGGAGGGCUGAAGGGGCCUGGGCGUGAGGGGCCAGCCUGGACUGGGCGGGGGAUGGCUGAUCUCCAGGCGCCUCCCUUCUGUUGCUUAAUUGAAGCCUCCUACCUCAUUGUGCUGCCAACAGCCCCUUGAGACGUGAGUGUUCUUGAGCCUCUUCAGUGUCCCCAGGGCACCCUCAGGCCAGAGAGGGCUUUCCCUCUUUGCUCUGGUGUCUGUGGGACUGGCACCUGGACGGGAGAAUCAUAGGCAGUGAGAUCCCUUGAGUCCAGAGAAAGGAGAAGUCACUUUGUGAGGAACAGGGCCCCUCUCCUGGGAGGGCAUAGGCUUCCAUGUGCCCUCCAGAAGCUGGCUUUAUGCUUUGUUGUCACUACCUCAGCUUGUAGGCUGUUUUACCUGUGCAGAUUUUUCCCCCAGCUGUGCUGUGCAGCAUGUGUGAUCUCAGUUCCCUACCAGGGAUCAAACGCACGGCCUCUGCAGUGGGAGCACAGUGUCUUAACCCCUGGACCACUAGGGAAGUCCCCCUGUGCAGGUGUUUAAAUGCCAAAGGAGCCAGAGAGGAAGUAUCCACUGGGUCUCAUCUUCCAGACUCUUCAGGAGGGUCUGUGGCUACAUGCUCUGAGCAUUCUGGGGCCCCCAGGCUCCAGGGGCUGGGGAGGGGAGGCUCUUGUGCUCACAGGCCGUUCCCAGGCGUCCCCCUUUCCCCAGCACCUGGGGUUGGCCUACUCUGGGGCAAGGCCAGGCCUGGGACUAGCCCUGUGCAACUAGCUUCCUCACCCUGCGAUGUGUGUCCUCAGCCAGAGAGGGGACUUUGUCCAAUUGGGCAGUUUGAGAGUGAGUCUAAAAAUAGACCCCCAUCCAGGGCUGUCUGGUUCCUGGUCUGAGAGAGCCUGUAAACAGGACACACCCCAGAGUCUCGGUCACCAGGACUGACCUGAUGGCUUCCUCCAGGCUCACAGCCCUCCCCCAGCCCUCCUGUCACACCCUGGGGACCAGGAAGCCAGGCAGGCACUUUUCCCAUUGGGAAGCAUAUCCCCAUUUUACAGAUAGGAAACUGAGGCUCAGUGGAAACAAGAUACUAGGCCCUGUAGGCCAUGAGGGCACUGGACGACUGCAGGCCUUUCCUGCGGCUCUGCGCGCUGUCAGGAGUGGUGUUCUGAGACUUGAACUGGGAAUUUCAACAGGCCUUCCUGACCCUGGGGUAGAUGCUCCCUGGGCCACGGUGGUCCAAGUGUGGGGUCCACUUGGAGCUCAAGCUGCUCCAACUCAUGCCUGUUGGUGACCCCCUGGCUGCAUUUGGCUAACGGUACUGUACCCUUAGCCAGCUGGAUUGUGGCUCGACCCUGUCUCCUGGAAGACAGGGAGAUCACAGCUAAAGGGAAGAGAGGCCGAGGGGAUCCGGCAGUGGAGUGCGAGGACCAGACACCCCAGCGAUGACCAGUUCCCCCGUCUCCAGAGUCGUCUACAACGGCAAGAGGAACAGUAGCCCCCGCUCUCCCCCCAACAGCAGUGAGAUCUUCACGCCGGCCCACGAGGAGAAUGUGCGCUUCAUUUACGAAGCCUGGCAGGGUGUGGAGCGGGACCUGCGCAGCCAGAUGUCGGGCAGCGAGCGGGGCCUGGUGGAGGAGUACGUGGAGAAGGUCCCUAACCCCAGCCUGAAGACCUUCAAGCCCAUCGACCUGAGUGACCUGAAGCGCCGGAACACGCAGGACGCCAAGAAGUCCUAAGGCGCACCAGUGCCCCUCCCCUGGCCUCCGGGAGAUCUGGGUGCAGCCUGCCACUGGCCGCCUCCUCUCCUGUGGGUUCAGCUCCUGGGAGGGGGAGGGGGCCUUGCUCUCAGUGGGCCGAAAAUCCCAGGACCAGGACAGGCAUGAUUGAUGGCCAAGGCCUGCCCCUCCUCCCCGAGCCUCUCCUUUCCUCUCGGGGGAUCUCAGGUUACCCCCGUCCCUAGGAGGGCCUCGGCCCUGCCAGCCCGUGCCCCCGAGGCCUGGCUGGACCUUUGGAGCUGCUGGUCCUGCCUGCCCCCCAGGGCCCUGACCCUGAUUCUUACCACCUUCUCCUGCCCCCACCUCCCAACCCCUGGCCACUUCCAGGAUCAGGAGGGAGAUGAGGAGCCCUUUGUUGUCUCCUGUGCUGUAGAACUGGGCUGGUUUUGUCCUGAAGUGGCCAGGAGCCAGGACAGGGUGGUCCCACCCACACCCAGCUUGGGUCCCUCACCGACCCAUGUUGCAUCUGUGGCCUGGGCACCAGGAGCGUCUGACCCCCCCCCGCCCCCCACCUCAUUGUCCAGCCUGGCCCCUUCCUUCCCUGUCAGCUUCAGGAUGACACCAGCUCUCCGGGCCUGGCACACUGCUGGGUGCCCCCUCCACGGGUUCUAGGCAGCCAGGUCUUGCCCGCCUUUGGGAAGGGGCGUGGGGCUGACCUGAGCUGGCAAGGCUACCCAGUGGGUCCUGCUCUGUGUGGUGAGUUGGGAGGGUCUUCAGGGCCAUUUUUUCUUUCUGUGCCCUCCAGAUCCAAGUGUCUGACUGGAAACCUGAGGACCAGUAAAUAAAGGUGGGGUGACAUUGGCUUGGCAA